AUGGCUGCUAAGAAAUCCUUCAAGAUCAAGCAAAAGUUGGCUAAGGCUAAGAACCAAAACAGACCAUUGCCUCAAUGGAUCAGAAUGAGAACUGGUAACACCAUCCGUUACAAUGCCAAGAGAAGACACUGGAGAAGAACGAAGAUGAACAUCUAA